GGGACUGUUGCUGGGAUGAUGCGAUGCAGCAGCAAGCAAUUUCGAUUCCGACUUUUUCUUCGGCCUCUUAUCGUUCGUUCUAUCAUUGUAAAAUUGCUACAGUUUAUCCCAGUUUGGCUAAAUACCUACAUAGUCUCUUUCCCUUUCGAAAAGCCCCUAUGAGGGCGGAAAAACGGUAACUUGAGGUCAACACUUGAUAAUUAGUUCGUCUCCAUUUGCAAUGCUCUCCAUGAGCAUGCGCAGCGCAGGCGCCAGUACUACAAAAAAAUACAAAAUACCCUACAUAACAUUCUCUACGAACUUUUUGUAUGAGUAUUUAAUGUGUAACAAUUUAAGCAGAAUUAUUUUCGUUAUUUUUUUCCUUUAAUUCAAACACUGAGCCCGACCAGCCCGACUUUCACAACCCAAUGCGCAUGCUCACACGUCAGUUCGUUCGCGUUUGCGCCAACUCAAUUGAGAGAAUGUUAGCUUAGCUGUGCUAGCAAGCAAUGAUGGUUGCCUUUUCAUAACAAUACUUCAGAUAUUGCAGUGUGCGGCGAAUAACAUGUUUGCGCUUUUUAACAGUCGGUUAAACUAAGGGAACAUUUUUUCUGCAUAUUAUUGGAAUCUGCUUAUUGACAACAAUGGAAGCAAGCUGUUUUGUUCAUUUUACUAGCAUCCUUACCAGCAGCUUUUGCAGGAGCAGAGAGAAGAAUCACAUAGGCUAGGCCGCAUAAACAAUAACUAUUUCGAACGUGGUAAGCCUAUUCAAAGCUCGGGGUGAAAGGAAAACCUACAAUUUAUGCACUUUUGAUGAUCCUUUGACAUUAUGGUUCGCUGUGUUUCGUAGCUCUGUUACCCUAACAGCAAGUACCCUUAACGUUGUCUUUGCUUGUCGAAAUGGGUCGCUAGCUAAAUAGCUAGCUAGGCAGCGACACUAACCUUGGCUAGCACAGCCAGCAUUACUCUCUUUUAUUCUCUGCAUUUAUGAAAGCAUCUUCAAGAAGCCUUGUCACAUUUGUUUUUCAAUCGACUGCCGAUUAAAAGAGAGUGUCACACUCUCUUAGACCGUGAAACCUAAGGAUUCUUACCAGCGGGAGCCUUGAUUGUGCUAACGUUUGAUGAAUGUGGGACAAAAUGGAGACCCCGAGGAUUGUGUACGAUUUGGAUACGUCUGGGGGUCUAAUGGAGCAAAUACAGACGCUGCUUGCACCACCAAAGUCUGAGGAUGGAGAAAAGAAGCGAAAACCGGAAAGGGAACCCCGGAGAAGUGGGAGAGCCAAUAACCACGAUACCUGUGAUAGUUGCCGCGAGGGAGGCGAUCUUCUGUGUUGUGAUCAUUGUCCCGCCGCCUUUCAUUUGCAGUGCUGCAAUCCCCCACUGAGUGAAGAAAUGCUUCCUCCAGGAGACUGGAUGUGUCAUCGCUGUAAUGUUCACAAGAAGAAGCGUGAGCAGAAGGCCGAGCAGAUGAACGGCCUGCUGGAGUGUCCGCUCUCCAAGCGCUCAUCGUCCCCGGCAGCCGAGCUGGACUUGAGUGCGGGCGCCGGGACGGGCCCUGCGCUGCGUCUGGACGGUCUGCCCCCCGUGCCGGGCGGUGGCGGCGGGAGCCUGCGGGUGGCGGUGGCGCAGGUCCGUCUCCUGGAGCGCCGGGUCAGCAGUCGGCCCAGCAGCCGACCUGGCACCCCGACCUCCAACGCCUCCACGGACACCCCCACGCCGUCGGAGCCCAACGACGCCGACGAGGAGAUGCUGGACCCUGAGGAAGAUGCGCCGGGCUCGGAGACGGACGGGGCCACGGGGGGACCCCGUCUGAAGCGUCCCUUCGAGCUGCUCAUCGCUGCCGCCAUGGAGCAGAACCCCACGCAGUUCCAGCUGCCCAACGAGCUCACUUGCACGACUGCGCUGCCAGGAAGCAGCAAGCGAAGACGGAAAGAAGAAAUGACCGGAAAGAAUGUAAAGAGGCAGCAGCACGAGCUGGACCCCAGUGGGCUGGUCCCACUGCCAGUCAGGCUGUGCUACUCCUGUAGCAGGAGCUGCAGAGUUGCUCCGCUGGUCCAGUGCGAUUACUGCCCCCUGCUGUUCCACAUGGACUGUCUGGACCCGCCUCUCACUGCCAUGCCCACUGGGAGAUGGAUGUGUCCAAACCACAUUGAGCAUGUGGUGCUGAACCAGAGGAGUACAACCUACAGCAAUCGGUGCCAGCUCUUUGACCGGUUCCAGGACCGCAUUUCCCAGAAUGCUGUCAAGGUUGACUUCCUGCGGCUGGCCCACAGACAAAACCUGCCCCACCGAAAGGGCCCUCAUCACAGCAAGUUGGCACUUAAGGUCCCGGACUCCAUUAAGAGUCAGUACCAGUGCCCCCCUCCCCUUCCAGAACCUUCUGGAGUCCGACAAGGGGAGUUGAUCUGUCACGGCGUUCCUGAAAAGGAGCAUCAGGCACCCCUUCAGUAUUCUGCCAACGAGGCCGAGCAACAAGAGUGGCUUCGUGGUGUCAUUGCACUUCAGUGCAGUGUCAUGAGACAUUUAUCUGCCAAGCAGAUGCCAUCCUCAAAACGGGACUCCAAGCAGAGCCAUCAGGCCGAUGUCAAGCCUUGUGUGGAGGCCAACGAGCUCAGCUCCCCGAGCCCCACACACAGGACCCAUUCACCCAGCCCUUUGUCCAAGCCCUGCAGUGCUCGCGUUGGCCCCCAGGGGGCUCCAGUCGUCCACAAGCCCCAGGCCCCUUCGGAACAACUGGACCGGUGCAGUGACUCGAGCGAGAAGCCCUGCCAGGACUGCAGGCCCCUCAACGGCCUGCUGGAGGGACGGCUGAAGGCCAAUGGCCCCGUGGUGCAUGAGGUGACGGAGCAGGGUGACCACAAGCCCACCAGGCUGCCGAGUCCGUCGGUGCUGGAGCCAUCGCUCCCCAACCAUGUGAAGACGGAUGGAGUGAAGACUGAGAAGAGCGGCCCUCCCUUAAGCGUCUGCGCUCAGAGAGAGAGCCCCCGUCUGGUGUCACCGGCAUCAUCGGGUGCCAGCUCGGUCUUGGCUGGCGAGGUGGCUAGUAUGGGUGGUGCCAAGGUUUCGUCCUCUGUGGUGGACACGCAUACCUUCACCCUGCCCAGACCCAUCCAGGAUAAGCCCACGGACAGGCUGGCAUCCCCUCUACCUCCCUCAGGGGGGAAGGUGUCUCCCGGUAGCAUGUCCAUGUCUCCAGCAAUAGCAGCUCUGUCCGGCUGCUUGAAAGGAGUAGUUGAAGGAAAACCAGACAUUGAGCUGAGCAAGCUGGAUGAAGACAUGGUUCGAAUGCUGGCUUGGCAGAGGAUCCAGCAGCUCUUCCCCAAGAAGGUCUCCCAGCUCCCCAAACCCUGUGGGGUGCCCUCUCCCAUUUCUGCCUCUCCAUCUCCUCCUACCCCCACCCCGCCCUCUGAAGCACAAAAGAAGGAGGUUCAGGCGCGGGCUGCGUUUUAUCCUGUGCUGGGCAAAGGGGAAGCUGUAAGCAUGCGUUACAGGACCCUGUACAUAGGAACCGGUGCUGAAAUGGACGUGUGCCUUACCAAAUAUGGUCAUUGCAAUUAUGUUUCAGGAAAACAUGCCUGUAUUUUCUAUGAUGAGAACACGAAGCAUUAUGAGCUGCUGAACUACAGUGAGCACGGGACCACCGUGGACAACGUCCUCUACUCUUGUGACUUCUCAGAGAAGGUGGCUCCCACCCCACCGAGCAGUCUGGUCUCCAAAGUGCAGAGCAUCACCCGUCGCUGUAAGAAGAGGAAAUCUGAGGCGGAGGACGCAGUGGAGGGCUUUCUGCCAGCAGGUGGCGUGAUGAGUAGCCAAUGCCAGGCGGAGUCCUCCAGGCACCAGUGCAACUGCAAGGCCAGCAGCUCGAGCCUGAUCGGGGGCAGUGGAGCCGGUUGGGAGGGCACGGCGCUCCUGCACCACGGCAGCUGCGUCAAGCUGGGCUGCCUGCAGUUCAUCUUCAGCAUCGCCGAGUUCGCCGCCAAGCAGCCCAAGGAGGAGGUGGUGGUGGUGGAGGAGGUGGUGAUGGAGGUGCAAGAGGACAUGGCCUGCCCCGUCCAGGAGUCCCAAGAGCUGGCAGGCGCCCGUGCUCUCUCGUCACAGCAAGUGCCCGUGCUGCACUCAAACUCGGUGCCCUAGCUCCCGGCUGCCACAACCAUGCCCCAAGGGAAGCUCAUGAAGCCUAUUUGCAUAGGGAAAAAAACGAAGCAACUUUCAUUUUGUGACAUUCAUACAUUCAUCUGAAUUCAAGGUAUUUUGAGGUCUCAUGAGCCAUUUAAUUUUGCACAUUGUUUUAUUUUUUAGUUUUGUUUCUUUUUUGUUUAAUGGAAUUCAAAUAAUGCAAAGGCCGUUUCUACAACUAUUUCUUGAAAAGGUGCUAUCUUCCGCUAUUUGGGAGUUUGUCACCUGAUCUUCAUACACAGAGUAUCAUAUUGUCCUCUUUGUGCCAGUAUAGGAUGUUUUGAUAUGUGUUCUCUUUCAAUCAGCUCAUUUAAUCCCAUUCUAUUUUAUGAUGGUAAAAUAUAUUCAUACCUUCUUUUGCUACUUUUGCACUGCAGGUAGCUGUUAUCAUCUUGCACACACAUGCACACAAGUGUAUGUUUGAUAACUGUAUGUGAUGGACAUACAAGGCAUUUCAGUUUUCCGUGAUUGAGGCAUAGGACACCUUGUACAUAUACGUUGUUGUAUAGUUUCAAUUUGACAAGACUUCCUGAGUUUUACGUUCUCUUUGUGUAUAAAACUUUGUGGUAAAACCUGUCUUUAUGUCCUGUCCCAUCUGUAAUAGCUUGUGUAAAUAGACACAUCGUUUUAGAUCUCGUUUUAAAAUUCUUGCAUUUCUGUACAUGGAAAAAAAGGUUUUUGCCUGUAUUAUAACAGUGUAAAUACAUAAAGAUUUUUAAGUACAAA